AAAGAGAACAAGCUGAGAGAGAGAGAGAGAGAGAGAGAGAGAGAGAGCAGCAAUGGAGUCUUCCGACAAGAUAGUAGAGACAGUAAUGGUGGGAAGCUAUGUAGAGAUGGAGACAGAAGGCAAGCCCAAGACCAUGAAAAGUAGAUUGUCCCAGCUGUUUUGGCAUGGUGGUUCUGUGUAUGAUGCAUGGUUUAGCUGUGCUUCCAAUCAGGUAGCACAAGUAUUACUUACCUUGCCAUACUCAUUUUCCCAGCUCGGGAUGGUGUCUGGCAUCCUUUUCCAGCUGUUCUACGGUCUGCUAGGCAGCUGGACUGCGUAUCUCAUCAGUAUCUUAUACGUAGAGUAUAGAACCAGGAAAGAGAGAGAAAAAGUAGAUUUCAGAAACCACGUCAUUCAGUGGUUCGAAGUUCUCGAUGGACUUCUUGGGAAGCAUUGGAGAAACGUUGGCCUGGCUUUUAACUGCACAUUUCUUCUGUUUGGAUCUGUCAUUCAGCUCAUUGCUUGUGCCAGCAACAUAUACUACAUUAAUGAUAAUCUAGACAAGAGAACUUGGACGUACAUCUUCGGAGCUUGCUGUGCUACUACAGUCUUCAUUCCUUCCUUUCAUAACUACAGAAUCUGGUCUUUCUUGGGCUUGAUAAUGACUACAUAUACAGCUUGGUACAUGACCAUUGCAUCCCUCGUACAUGGACAGGUGGAAGGGGUGAAGCAUUCGGGUCCAAACCAGCUAGUGCUCUACUUCACAGGAGCUACAAACAUUCUCUACACAUUUGGUGGACACGCCGUGACAGUAGAGAUAAUGCACGCCAUGUGGAAGCCACAGAAGUUCAAGGCCAUAUACCUACUGGCAACACUGUAUGUGCUGACACUGACUCUUCCAUCUGCUGCAUCUAUGUAUUGGGCAUUCGGAGACAUGCUUCUCAAUCAUUCUAACGCCUUUGCCCUCCUCCCAAAGACCCCUCUCAGAGACAUGGCUGUCAUCCUCAUGCUCAUCCAUCAGUUUAUUACGUUUGGGUUCGCAUGCACGCCUCUGUAUUUCGUGUGGGAGAAGGCGAUAGGGAUGCAUGAAUGCAAAAGCAUGUGUAAGCGUGCCUUAGCCAGGCUGCCUGUGGUUAUUCCCAUUUGGUUCUUAGCCAUCAUAUUCCCUUUCUUUGGACCCAUCAACUCCACCGUUGGAUCCCUCCUCGUUAGCUUCACCGUCUACAUCAUCCCAGCCCUGGCCCACAUGCUUACCUUCCGUUCUGCCACUGCCAGAGAGAAUGCUGUGGAAAGGCCUCCAAAGUUUGUAGGGAAGUGGGCAGGAACGUACACUAUAAACGUGUUUGUGGUGGUGUGGGUGUUUGUGGUUGGGUUCGGUUUUGGGGGAUGGGCGAGCAUGACCAAUUUCGUGCGCCAGGUCGACACCUUUGGGCUCUUUACCAAGUGCUACCAGUGCCCUCUUCCUACACCACCACCUCUUCCACAUAAUACCACUGUUGCUUCUCUUCCUCCAUCAUACCACCAUCACUAAGGCCCAUCAACAUCCUUUUCCUGUUUUAAUCAUUCUACCCAUCAACUACUCUUUUGAAAAUCAAAAGGAAAAAAAAAAAAAAAAAAAAACAAAAGUUUUGGUAGCAUUCUCUCUCUCCCUCUCCUGUUGGUUAACAUUGUUAUUAUGCUUUGAGAACCUUGUAAUUCCUUGGAAUUGUAUGUUACUGUUGUGGCAGAAGUAAAUCUUCCUUCAACUUAAAUGGUACAGUAUUAUUACUACA